UUUCAAACAUGGCUGCCAUUUUGACUUGUCUUUUUAAAUCCUUUCAAUGGAUUCCUGUACUCUUUAUCAACGCAGUGAUUGUCUGGUCUUACUAUGCUUACGUCUUGGUUCUUUGCUUUGAGAGUGUGCAGUCUCCAUUCGAAAGAGCUGCGUAUUUGAUCUUCUAUCAUCCUUUCUUCCUCAUGUUGUUGAUCUCAUACUGGAGAACGAUAUGUACCUCUUCUGGUCUUGUUCCCUCGCAGUUUUUCCUGUCAAGAGCAGACAGGGAGGCAUUAGAUAAUGGAGAUCCUAAAGAAGUCUUAGAAAAAAUAUCAAGAAAACUUCCAGUUUUUACACAGACCAUAUCAGGAGCUGCUAGGUUUUGUGAUGUUUGUCAAGCCAUCAAACCUGACAGAUGUCAUCACUGCUCCAUGUGUAGAAAAUGUAUUUUGAAAAUGGAUCACCACUGUCCAUGGGUGAAUAACUGUGUUGGGUUUACAAACUACAAGUUCUUUCUGCUAUUCCUGUUUUAUGCAAUCCUUUACACACUCUAUGUCACAGCAACAGUUACAAAGUAUUUCAUUGCAUUUUGGAAUAACUCUUUGGAAGGUGAUGGAAAAUUGCACAUUUUAUUUCUGUUUUUUGUUGCCCUCAUGUUUUGUAUAAGUCUUUGGUCACUUUUUGGUUACCAUUUAUAUCUUACUGGUAACAACAAGACAACACUUGAGUCAUUCAGAGUUCCUCAUUUCUCUUAUGGCCCAAAUAAGGAUGGCUUCAGUUUGGGAACUGUAAUUAAGAAUGCAGAACAAGUUUUGGGACUCAACAAGUGGUAUUGGUUUUUACCUAUUUUCACCAGUAUUGGUGACGGAGUUCAUUUCCCACUGGUAAAUCAACCUGAGCAAGACUCAUUAUUAAAUGAUCAGCAAAGAUGGAUGGAGGAAGGGGAGUUGGAUCCACAGGACACCCACUCCAAUGACGGCAAAGGAGAUUCUACAACUGUGGCCAUUGAUAUUACAUCAGAAGAGCUGCUGCAUGAGAACGAGGUGGAAACUCAGGUGCCAUAUGCUCACAGGGCCAAACCAGAUGUGCUGGCAGUUCAGGAAGAUGACAUUCAAGAUGGGACGGCAUUGUAAUAUCCACUCUGAAGCGCUAGUUUCCCUGGCUGGAACUGUUGGUGUUUGCCAUGGACUCUUGCUGAGGCAGUAUUUCAUCAACAUAAAUGUCAUUGAAAAAAAUAAUGCUGGCUGGUAAACUUUUCCAUUUUCUGGAACAAAGGAAAAAUUCCCUGCGACUCAAGCAAAGAAUGGCCUCUUACUGACUUGGGAACCAGUGGUUGAAUAACAUGUUGUGACCAUUUUGGAAAAGUACUUGGUGCUUAGUCUAUGAUAUUUACAUAUGACUGCAAGUGUACAUUGAUUUUAGUUUUGUGCCAAACAUUUAUGGAAUGCUGUAUAGAUUUGAGAGAAAUCUAGGGACUAAAAUGUGUUAAAGCAACAUUUGAUUUAUUUAUCACAUGGCUGAUAGAUCAUGGAUUAUGGAUUUGCAAGAUAAACAAUUUGUUGAAGUUCCCUAGACUAGGUCAUUAUUUCUUAAAUGUAAUUUUAUAUCUGAGUAAAUUUAUUUAAAAACCUAAUUUUGGUGUUAGGUUUGAGCAACAACCCAAAAGGUGGGUAAUGUUAUAAGGAGUCUUGAGUUUUGGACACCAAUGAAAAAAAUGAAAAUUUGCUGCAGGUAAAAAUAGUCGCAGAUUGUAAAUAGUAUAGACAUCAGCAGAUAUGUUAUUAAACUAGCAAUCAGUUUGAUGAUAUCUAGCUAAGACUCUAAUUGUCCAAUGCAAUGUAAAUUCUUUCAAGCUCAAGACAGCUGCAAGUGACUGUAAUUGUAUAUGUUUUUUGUAUUGUGUAUGUUUUGAGCUUAAAUACUCAAACUGAAUCAGCUUUAGUAGUUUUGUAGAUUCUUCACAACAGUUGGGUCAUAUAUCAGGAUACUUCCCUUGGUUGAUCGUUUUACAAAUUAUUAUUACCUGUUGUUCAGCAUGGUAUAGAUUUUCAAGGAGAAUUUAUAUUUUGGUCACUCCUGGGAGAGGAGAUAACCAAAGAGAAUUUUGCAAUCAUGAUCUUGCUUUUUUUUUUUUUUGUUUAAAUCCCAAUGUAAGGUCAAAGCAAAUUUUGUAAUUAAUGAACUGAUAGAGUAUAUGUUCUUAUCUUUAUUUUGCUUGAUGAAAUCAAUGGAAUGUAUGUGGUGUUUCUUUUAGAAUUUUUGUACUUACUGUAUCAAAAGAUUAAUUUUGCUUUCUUACUUACAUGGAUUAAAGAUGGGAUUACAAAGGUG